UUCGUCGAGCGUGUUCAAAGGCCAAUCGCCAUCCUCAGUACAGGAGAAUCCACAUACAGAAUCCCAAACUGAAAGCUCGAACGGUCAGCUGAACGUUGGCUAUGCUGAAUCUGAGCACCAUCCUGCUGAGCUGAGCGCUUGAGCAAUUGGCAUGGGUAUGAUCCGGUGGCUCUUUCGUUCGAAAAAACCCUGGCACUCCUUGCUUAGUCAUCCAAAUCCGGGGAAGUUGCUCUGUCAGCCUUUCAGAUCUCCUGUUCCCCACCCGAAACUGCACCAGAUCUCAUCAGCUCGAAUUUAUUUUUCUCCUUCGAAUUGUAAAUCACUCAGCUGUUUACAGCAUCAACCUACAGCUUGAAUGCCAAUGCUGGUCGAUGCUUCUUUCUCCUCAUUGUUUCCUAUAUCUGUCAGAUGCAGCCAAGACUUGGAAAUUGAACUUUGCAGUUGCCUGCAGUCCCUGGGUAGCUGUGCACAGAAUGGCGCCCAUCCUGCAUCAGUUCCUGGGUGCAGUGCAGCGCAGUGCAUGACGCAGCAUGCUAAAAUUGGAAACCGCGGUGUCCAAGAUUAGAAGCUUGAAAGCCGUGGCUGAUCUUGAAACCAUGGAGACGGGCAUCCCUGAAGGGGGAGAGGACACGACGACCGGCACGCGUCCUACGAUUUAGGACGGGACCGCCGCACCACUCGCCGGGCCGGCCCUUCACCGGUUUAAGUGCUCGCCGCUCCCGCCUUGACGCAUUCUUCUUCUUCUUCUUCCCCCCGCCGCGCGCGCAAGGACCAACAGGAGGGGCCCACACCUCCUGACCCGCCGAGACAGUCGUCGACCGACCCGCCGGCUGACCGGUUUGGUUCCGCCGCCGGGGCCGGGCACAAUGGCGGGAGCCGUGAUCGUGCACCACACCACGAGGUACAAGACCUACCCCGGCGAGAUCACCGGCAUCGUCGUCUUCGCCUGCCUCAUCGCCUCCGUCGCCGGCUGCAUCUUCGGCUACGACAUCGGCCUCACCUCCGGGUUGACGUCGACGGAGCCGUUCCUGGUCAAGUUCUUCCCGUCCAUCUACGAGGAGAUGAAGAAGCAGGUGGUCGUGAACCAGUACUGCAAGUUCGACAGCCAGCUCCUGACGCUCUUCAGCUCCUCCCUCUUCCUCUCCGCCAUGACCGCCGCCUUCCUCGCCGGGCCCCUGACCCGGUCCUUCGGCCGCAAGUGGACCCUGUUCACCGCCGCGUCCGCGUACGUGUGCGGCGCGUGCCUCGGCGGCGUGUCCGUCAACUUCCCGAUGCUACUCGCCGGCCGGAUCCUCGUCGGCGCCGGCGUCGGGCUGUCCAUCCAGGCGUCCCCGCUCUACAUCUCGGAGAUGGCCCCCGCGCAGCAGCGCGGGAUGCUCAACAUCAUGUUCCAGCUGAUGAUCACGGUGGGCAUCCUGACGGCGAACAUGACCAACUACCUGGCGUCCAAGAUCCCCGGAGGGUGGGGGUGGCGCAUCGCCGUGGCGUUCGGCGCCGUCCCCGCCGGCGUCAUCGCGCUGGGGUCGCUGGCCAUCCCGGACACGCCGACGUCGCUGAUCCAGCGCGGGGACACGGCGACGGCGCGCAAGACGCUGGCGCAGAUCCGCGGCGUCGGCGACGUGCGCGAGGAGUUCGACGACCUGUCGACGGCGAGCGAGGACGCCAAGGCCGUGGAGAGCCCGUGGCGGGAGCUCUUCUUCGGCGGCAAGUACAAGCCCCAGCUGACGUUCGCGCUGCUCAUCCCCUUCUUCCAGCAGCUCACCGGCAUCAACGUCAUCAUGUUCUACUCGCCGGUGCUGUUCAAGACGGUCGGGUUCAAGCAGAACGCCUCGCUCGUGUCCUCCGUCAUCACCGGCCUCGUCAACGUCUUCUCCACCUUCGUCGCCGUCCUCACCGCCGACAAGGUCGGCCGCCGCGCCCUCUUCCUCCAGGGCGGCACGCAGAUGAUCAUCUCCCAGAUCCUGGUGGGCACCUUCAUCGGGCUGCAGUUCGGGAUGAGCGGGACGGGGGCCAUCUCCGAGCAGUACGCCAUGUGCAUCGUGCUGUUCGUGUGCGUGUACGUGGCCGGGUUCGCCUGGUCGUGGGGGCCCAUGGGGUGGCUGAUCCCCAGCGAGAUCUACCCGCUGGCGGUGCGGACGGCGGCGAUGAGCGUCACGGUGGCCGUCAACAUGUUCUUCACGGCCUUCAUCGGCCAGAUCUUCCUGACGCUGCUCUGCCACCUCCGCUUCGGGCUCUUCUACUUCUUCGGCGGAUGGGUGCUGCUCAUGACGCUCUUCAUCGCCAUGCUGCUGCCGGAGACCAAGAACGUGCCCGUCGAGGAGAUGGCGCACAUCUGGAAGAAGCACUGGUUCUGGAGGAAGUUCGUCGUCGACACCUCCUCCGACGCGCGCAGCGCCGAGAUGAGGAAGAGGAUAGCGCUAGAGAUGAGCUAGCUGAUGCCAUGGUGAGGCAGGCCAUCAUCAUCAGGCAGCAAGUACAUUAAUUUGAUGGAUCAAUAGGUAGACUGCAGCAGAACACAUAUGAUCUGAAUGUUGUUGUAGAUUUGAUCAUACAUACUCAUAGCAUACUCUCUUGUACUAACUGUUUGUUUUACCUUCUCUCUCUCUUUUUUCUUCGGUUUCAUGCCGAUCGAGUUGUCAGCAGCAUUUUUUUUCUUUUCUUUUUAAUUGAAGAAGAAGAAUACAGAAGUACGAUUUAUCAUCCAGUAA